GACGCCGCGGCGCAGAUGUGGACGUGGAGCAGCCCGACGAACGCUCCGUGAUGACCUACGUGGCCACGCUGUACCACUACUUCUCCAAAAUGAAAGCCUUGGCCGUGGAGGGGAAACGCAUCGGGAAGGUGCUGGAGGCGGCGCUGCUGGCGGAGCGUUUGGUGCAGCGCUACGAGGCGAUGGCGGCGGAGCUGCUGGCUUGGAUCGACCGCACCGUCGUGGCCCUGAACGAGCGCCAGUGGGGAUCUAUGGGGCUGAGCGGCGUGCAGAGCCAGCUGCAGGCCUUCAACACUUACCGCACCGUGGAGAAACCCCCCAAGUUCACCGAGAAGGGUCACCUGGAGGUGCUGCUGUUCACCAUUCGGAGCCGGAUGCGCUCCAACAACCAGAAGGUUUUCGUGCCGCGCGACGGAACGCUGCUGGCCGACAUCAACCGCGUGCGUCUGCCCCACACGAACCCACGCGGACCCAUAGCGACCCAUGGAGGUCCACAGGGACCCCAUAGACACCCGUGGGUUUCCCAUAGAGAGCCGCAGGGCUCCGUAGAGAUCACACAGGGACCCAUGGAGACCCCACAGAGGUCCACAGGGACCCCAUGCCCGCAGCCCCCUCCCCAUCUGCCAUCCUCAUCCCCCCCCGCCCCCCAGGACCACUUUGGGUCGGACGUGGCGGCGGUGGAGGCGGCGGUGCGGAAGCACGAGGCCAUGGAGACGGACGUGGGGGCCUACGGGGGGCGCGUGGAGGCGCUGGGCGCCGUGGCGGCGGAGCUGGAGGCCGGGCGUUUCCACGGGCUGAGGAAGGUGAUGGAGAGGAGGAAGAACGUGGGGAGGCUGUGGGACGGCCUGAGGAAGUCGGUGCAGGAAAGGAGGGAGAGGCUGCUGCUCCAUGUGGAGCUGCAGGGCGUCCUGAGAGACCUGCAGCAUCUGGCGGGGUGGAUGGAGGAGAUGGAGGGCCGGCUGCAGUGCCCGGAUGUGGGGAAGCACCUGCACGGCGUGGAGGCCCUGCUGCAGCUGCACGCCCUGGUGGAGGCCGACAUCGCGGCGCAGGCGGAGCGCGUGCGGGCGGGGAGCAGCGCGGCGCAGCGCUUCGCCAGGCCCACAGAGGGCUACAAACCCUGCGACCCGGAGCUGGUCCGUGAGCGUGUGGCCACGCUGGAGCGGCGCUACCAGCAGCUGACGGAGCUGGCGGCCCAACGCCGCGCCAGCCUGGAGGAAUCACGGCGCUUCUGGAAGUUCUUCUGGGACGUGGGAGAGGAGGAGGCCUGGAUGCGGGAGCAGGAGAGGCUCCUGAGCUCCGAGGACGUCGGCCGAGACCCAACCAGCUCGUUACGCCUGCUGAGCCAACACGCCGCCUUCCGGCACGAGCUGAGUGGCCGCGCCGGGCCGUUACGGCAGGCGAUGGACGAGGGCCGGGCUUUGGUGGCCGAGGGGCAUUCGGGAGCCCCGCGGGUGGCCGAAAGGCUGGAGGAGCUGGAGCGGCGCUGGCGGGCGCUGGGGGAGCUGGCGGAACGACGCGAGCGGAGCCUGCGGGACGCGGCUGCGCUCUUCCAGUUCCAGGCGGAGGCGGCGGACGUGGAGGGCUGGCUGGAGGACGCGCUGCGCCUGGCCGGCAGCCCCGACUUGGGCCACGACGAGUUCUCCACCCGCAGCCUGGCGCGGCAGCACCGCGAGGUGCAGGAGGAGGUGCGGGGCCACCGGCCCGCCAUCGCGGCGCUGCGGGAGCAGCUGGGGGCUCUGCCCGCCGCCUCCGCCGCCGAUCCCGGCGUGGCCGGGCGGCUGCCGGCGUUGGAGCGGCGCUACGGGGAGCUGUGGGCGCAGACGGAGCGGCGGCGGCGGGAGCUGCAGGACGCGCUCGGCCUCUACACCAUGCGCAGCGAGGCGGACGCCUGCAGGCUGUGGGUCGGGGAGAAGGAGCAAUGGCUGCGGGCGCUGCUGCUGCCUGACAGGCUGGAGGACCUGGAGGUGGUGCAGCAGCGGUGAGGCAGCCCGAGUCCGGGUGACACAACGCCACACAACAACACAACCCCACACAACCCAACACAAGUCAGCCCAACUCAACCCAACUCAACCCACC